CAUUCUAAUUUUGUUUUUUUGUUUUAUUUUCUGUCGUCCUAUUUUCUACUGUAUUUUCUGUCCUCUUCGUUUGUUUUCUUUUCCUCAAGUUUGAAACAAAGCAGAAGGCUGUUACAAAAUGAUCGGCCUUGAAAGCCCACAUCAUGAAAUCAGUUUGUUAAUUCAGUUUCACGGGUCUACCUUGUUUCCCGCCCCACAAAACUCCUUACAGUCCCAUAUUUGGAAUCUGCCUCUCUCUCUCUCUCUCUCUCUCUCUCUCUCUCUCUCUCUGGGCAUAGGACACAAGUGAAUGUCUCAUCCAUUUCUGAGUUUAAUUCGCUCAUACUCAUUUUUCUUUUCUUAUCUCAGCAGUUAAUCAAUGAGUCAACAAUGAGCACAUAAGCAACCAAGAACAAGAAUACAUGUGGAAAAUCUCAAAUGCAGGAGAAAAAUCAUGGGAGUGAAACAAUCACCAGCACAAUGGUGGUACAAGGGAUCUUAAAGUAAAAACCACUCCGUCUCCACACCUUUACAGCCUCUUUGGAUGAUGCAAUUAUUGGAUUUCGUACCCUGCCAUCACGUACUCUCUUGAUAUCUUUCCUUUGAACCGAGUUCUUGCCUUCAUUUGUUGUCUAUAUUAUCUUCUUAUCCUCAAAGAUGUUUGGGUUUAUGAAAUCACCGGGCAAUAAGGUUUCUAACCCUUCAAGUUCUAACCCUUUUCACUCUGAUACCGAAUCGGAUGCGAAGAGAAAAAUUGGGAGAAGAACUUCUUCUGAACCCGUGCUCCUUACUCCAAACUGCAAGUCCAACCCUUUUGACGACGAUGAUGAUGGUCGGAAAAAGACAGUUAGGAACAAACACAAAAAAGGUUAUAGUGACUCAGAAGACCUGGAUGGCAUGUCCGUGCAAGAAUUAGAGAGUUAUGCUGUGAACAGGGCUGAGGAUACUUCUAAGUCAGUGAACAAUUGCCUGAAAAUUGCAGAGGAUAUCAGACAGGAUGCCACAAGGACCCUGGACACUUUGCAUCAGCAGGGUGAGCAAAUCCAUCGCACCCACGUGAUGGCCACUGAUAUGGACAAAGAUUUGCAGAAGGGCGAGAAGUUGUUGGGAAAUCUUGGGGGCAUGUUCUCUAUGCCUUGGAAGCCAAAGAAGACGCGAGAUAUUUCAGGGCCUGUAAUCUCUAAAGAUGAAUAUUUUAAAGAGAAGAAAAGCAAGGAGCAGCGGGAAAAGUUGGGCUUAGCUCCAGCACCCAAGGGACGGUCUGCUUCUCGGACACCUCCUCCUGAACCAACAAACGCCUUACAGCAAGUUGAGUUGGAGAAGGCGAAGCAAGACGAUGCACUGUCCGAUCUAAGCGACAUCUUAGGUGACCUUAAGGGUAUGGCCGUUGGCAUGGGAACUGAACUUAACAAGCAAAAUAAGGCUCUUGAUCACCUUCACGACGAUGUGGAGGAACUGAACUCUCGAGUCAAAGGUGCAAAUCAACGCGCACGUCGUUUGGUUGGCUAGUGAACAAAAACUUGGCCAGAAGUUCCAGAAUUGCUCCACCAACUGUUCUUUACCCCUUCAAUCUUUUUCCUCCUAAUUGAUUUUCCAUUUUCCCUGUUGACAUCUGGGAUUUUACCUUCUGUACAACAAAUGCUAAAAGCAGAUUAUUUUUACGUUUUUUUCCAGUAAAAUGUAAGUAAAAUCGCUCUCUUUCACAUUUAAUUUAGU